AUGCUGCCGCGCACUGCCUGCCGGGCACUCCGCCCUGUGGCUUCGACGUCGCGCCUCGCGUUGGCGCCUCGCCUGACCCCCGCGCCCCGAUUUGCUCGCUUCUCGACCGAGACGACCAGCAACACCGCCGAGGUGGACGACUUGUUCCUCGGUCCACCUCCGCCCAAGCAGAACAACGAUGCGGUCAUGAAGCGCUUCACUGGUCCCGGAUUCCCUCGCAUUCCCGGUCUGCGUCACCUUGUCCUCCCCUUCCACCCUCACUUGUACCAGGGCAAGCCUAUCCGCGAGCUCACCGUCGCGCGCAGGCGUAAGGGUGGUCGUUCGCCCCAGACCGGACGGGUGAUUAACAAGGCUGUCGGUGGUGGACACAAGCAGCGUAUUCGUAUUGUUGACUUCUACCGCCUCGAGGACGGUAUUCACGACGUCGUGCGCAUCGAGUACGACCCCGGACGCUCGGCACACAUUGCCCUUGUGCACCGGCGCGGCGCGGCCGCUGCCACUGCCGAUGAGGGCGCGGUGCUGGCGGAGAAGACGAGCGAGCUCGAGGGAGGGAGCACGGAGAAGCGCCUCCUGCGCAACGAGGUCAAGGGCGGGUGGAGCUACAUCCUCGCUCCUGAUGGGCUGCGUGCCGGCGACGUUGUGCAGAGCUUCCGUGCCGGUAUCCCUGACGGCAUGGUCGAGGGAUGGGCCGAGCUGAUCAAGGCAAAGUCCGAGUCCAAGGCUGAGGAGGAGGAGGAGGGUGGCGAGAGCUCGAUGGCGACCGCCACUCGUGCCCUCGGUCUCCUGCGUACCAUGACUCUCAAGCCUGGAAACGUCCUCCCCCUCAACCUCAUUCCCCCCGGAACGCACAUUCACAACAUCUCCAUGGCCCCAGACGGGCGCAUGCAGCUCUGCCGCGCGGCUGGCACGUUUGCCCAGGUCGUCGCGCACCACAGCAGGAGCGGUCAGGCGCUGGGUGGUGCCGAGGUCCUCCAGAUGGGCUCGCAGCCGCGGGCGGAUGGCACCCGCGAGCGCCAGGACGGCUCUGUCCUCGUCAAGCUUCAGUCAGGUGAGGUGCGCCGCCUUCCUCCCGCCGCGGUCGCGACCAUCGGCGUCGUCUCCAACAAGGAGCACUCGCAGAAGCAGAUCGGCAAGGCCGGCCGUAACCGCUGGCUCGGCAAGAGGCCAAAGGUUCGUGGUCUCGCCAUGAACGCAUGCGACCACCCCCACGGUGGUGGUCGUGGAAAGUCCAAGGGUAACAAGCACCCGCGCUCGCAGAACGGCUUGUUACAAGGCAAGCGUACCCGCCGCCCCAAGGACAAGGACGGCAACAAGCAGGUUGUCAGCGAGCGUCCCCGCGGACGGGCAUCAAAGCACGUGCGCAAGUAG